AUCAGCAGGUAUCCUGGCACAUGUAUAAAACCAGGACAGGUUAGGACACCCCUCACAUGGCGUGCUAUACAUCACCAGGCACUUAAUUUUGUUGAUGCGGAGGUGUGUCAACACGUGUCAGAAGCUACAAUGUCGGGUAAAAGCUUCCAGGGACUGAAGGAACAGGCUGAAGGUGCAGCAAAAGGUGCUGCAAACACGUUGGGACAGGCUGCUCAGGAUGCAGUCAACCAGAUUACAGAUGCAAGCCAGAAAGCUAUUGACAAGGCUUCCAAGACAGCGCAAGAUGGGGUAGAAAAAGCAACUGGACAAGCUGCAGAAGCGAUGUCUGGCCUUGGGAAAAAGUGUGGAUUUAAGAAAUGAUGCUAAUUUAAACAAAGAGUAUUGCAUGUAAAAAUCUCUCUUUGGUCUGCAAUUCCCUACUCCUUUGUGUAGAAGAACGAAACCUGUUUGAGAUCUGGAUAAUUUCUCUCUCUCCAAAUACAAAAUUUUAAGGCAAAAGGUCCCCCUCAUCCUUCAUAUAGGAAAAAUACAUCUUUUAGCACAUCUCGUAACAUCUGUUCACAAUCUUCAAAAUGGCUCAUAAGGCUUCAGCAAUCCUAUUGCCCUACUCUUACAACAGCACAAUGAUUAUUGCUGCAUUUGCUGAGUGUAUUUACAAAACCUGUGAAAGCGUUCAUACUCCAGGACACCAGAACAUUCAUGUGAUGAAACUGAGUUUCCUUCCAGUAACCAAAAGUUAAGCAGGGGUUAUAUUCCAUGUCAGUUGUUCGUUUGUUCCUGUCUGCUGUAUUUUCAAAUUAAGAUAAAUAAAAGGUAUUGUAAGAUUUCCACUA